CUAACCUUUAACCUUUCUUCUCGUUUGCACCAGGACAUCCGCAACCAAGCCAUUGAAUAUCCGUACAAAGUAGCUAAGCUUCCAAUGAACAGGAAUUUGAAUCGCUACAGAGACGUCAGCCCAUAUGAUCACAGUCGGGUAAAGCUUGAAAACGCUGACAAUGACUACAUUAACGCGAGUUUAGUCGCUGUGAAAGAAGCCGAGAGAGCUUACAUUCUAACUCAGGGCCCUUUGAGGAAUACGUGUGGCCAUUUCUGGUUGAUGGUCUGGGAGCAAUGUUCUAAAGCCGUUAUAAUGCUCAACAGAGUGAUAGAGAAAGGAUCUGAAAAGUGUGCUCAGUACUGGCCCACUUCAGAGGAGCUGCAGAUGUCCUUCACUGACACGGGUUUUGUUGUUCGACUGUUGUCAGAAGAGGACCAAUCCCAUUAUACAAUCAGGGUGCUAGAACUAGAGAACACAAAGACGGGGGAAUCCAGAGAGAUCUACCACUUUCACUACACCACGUGGCCUGAUUUCGGGGUGCCAGAAUCUCCCGCCUCUUUCCUCAACUUCCUCUUCAAGGUGCGGGAGUCUGGUUCCCUGGGGCCUGAAUAUGGGCCCUCAGUGGUGCACUGCAGCGCUGGGAUUGGACGCUCGGGAACGUUUGCCUUGGUGGACACUUGCCUGGUCUUGAUGGACAGGAGUAGGAGCUCGUCAUCUGUGGACAUACAGAAGGUGCUGCUGGAUAUGAGGGAAUAUCGCAUGGGCCUGAUCCAGACCCCUGACCAACUGCGCUUCUCCUACAUGUCCAUCAUCGAGGGAGCCAAGCUCAUUCUGACCUAUAGCUCUGCAGAACAGAACUCACAGAUUGGCCUGUUCAGAGAAGACCUGGAGUCGGAUCUACAACCUCCAACGCCUCCGCCCAGACCUCACCUCAAUGCCAGCAGGCCCAACGGCCCUUGCUUGGAGCCACAGCCCAGCACAGGGGACCACCUCUCAUCGAGGGAUUCAGACUGCCACAACAUGGCAGAGAACUCUGUGCAGUUGAGGAAGAGGCACCGUGAGGAGAGGAUCGCUGGCACAGCACAGAAGGUCCAGCAGAUGAAACAAAAACUUACUGAAUCAGAGAAGAAGCAGGAGAAGUGGCAGUACUGGAGGCCCGUCCUUCUCAGCGUGGGUUCUGGAGCUGCCCUGGCUGUCACCGUUUUGUGUUGGAUGUACUUCCAGUAAAAUAACUCUGGCUCCCCCUCAAGAAACUGACUCCUAUUUUGCACCGGUACCUUGGAUUAGGUACUUCUUUAAGUAGACGUAGAUGGUAACAUGUGCAUAACUGAGGGUAUUUAUUAAGGUCAAAAUGCAAGAGCACUAGAUCAAGCGAGUGUGUGUAUAUUUUUUUUUUUUAAGAUCUUAACAGAAAUAGUAACAUCUCAGGAUCUUUGUGCCAGCACGGUGAUUUAUUUUUUCUUCUUCUUUCCUCUUGUUGUCACUGUUCAAGAAUGUACUGUGUCAUAGAAACAUGGCUUUGAAUGGAACUUACUAAAGGUGCAGUACAUAGAAAAAAAAAAUCUGACAAGUUUAUUUUUGCAUUCUUUGUUUGUAAUGAUCAAAUGUGUGUUUAUCAUCUUUGGAUACAUUUUUGCAUUUCAAAGUCUCUGUUACUGACUGUUGAUCCAACCUUUAAAAUGUAGAGAAGACCCCAGACUGAAGACGUCAACUUCGGGAUUUCUUUUUUUAAUAUUUAUGAUAAACUGCAUGUUGUCCCAGGUUUUCUACAGCCCCAUCUGUUCUUCCACUGUUAACAAGCAGGGCAUAUCUUUUAGGGGUUUUUUUUCUCCCACACUAAUAAGAUUAAUUUAGGUUCUUAUGUAAAUCAUACAAACUGCCAGGUUCCUUGUCAUUUGCUGCAUGUAUUUUACCCACUGGUUGGGUCCACGUUUUCCUGCUGUUGUUUUUGUUGUUGAGAAAACCAAAGCGAAGCUGUCUGUGUUCAGGAGGUUAACAGCCAGGCCAGCUCAUGGAUGACUAAAAGCCUUGUACUCCUAGGAUGUGGAAUGUAUAUUUUUUUUCUUCUUAAUCCUUUGACAUAACUCACACCUGUGUUACUAAAUGAAACUACUCAUGGUACCCAUGAGGUA